CCCUCCAGAGUGGUGGCACCAAGAGGGUAGGGAGGGGGGAGGCUGCGCGUUCCGCCCGCUCAACUGGGAAGAUGGCCCGGGCUGGGGGAGUCGCUCCCACGCCCCACCGCCCCCUCCCUUGACCAGGGUGAUCUGAAAGACUCCCGCCCUCUUUCCCUCCCGCCCCACGCAAGACAAGGGCAUGGCUCCGUGGCCUCACGGGAACAGUUCUCUGGCCUCGUGGUCAGACGCCCCCACCCUGGCGCCCAAUACCGCCAACACGAGUGGGCUGCCAGGGGUGCCGUGGGCGGUGGCACUGGCCGGGGCGCUGUUGGCGGUGGCGGUGCUGGCCACCGUGGGAGGCAACCUGCUGGUAAUCGUGGCCAUCGCCCGGACGCCGAGACUCCAGACCAUGACCAACGUGUUCGUGACUUCACUGGCCGCAGCCGACCUGGUGGUGGGACUCCUGGUAGUGCCACCAGGGGCCACCUUGGCGCUGACUGGCCACUGGCCUUUGGGCGCCACUGGCUGCGAGUUGUGGACCUCGGUGGACGUGCUGUGUGUGACUGCCAGCAUCGAAACCCUGUGCGCCCUGGCUGUGGACCGCUACCUGGCGGUGACUAACCCGCUGCGUUACGGCGCACUGGUCACCAAGCGCCGCGCGCGUGCAGCCGUGGUCCUGGUGUGGGUCGUAUCCGCCGCUGUGUCGUUUGCGCCCAUCAUGAGCCAGUGGUGGCGCGUAGGGGCCGACGCCGAGGCGCAGCGCUGCCACUCCAAUCCGCGCUGCUGCGUCUUCGCCUCCAACAUGCCCUACGUGCUGCUCUCCUCCUCCGUCUCCUUCUACCUCCCGCUUUUUGUGAUGCUCUUCGUGUACGCGAGAGUGUUCGUUGUGGCUACGCGCCAGCGGCGCCUGCUGCGCGGGGAGCUGGGCCGCUUUCCGCCAGAGGAGUCUCCGCCGGCUGCGCCUCGCUCUCUGUCCCCAGCCUCGGAGGGGACGUGCGCUUCGCCCGAAGGGGUGCCUUCCUGCGGCCGGCGACCCGCGCGCCUUCUGCCUCUCCGGGAACAUCGGGCCCUGUGCACUCUCGGGCUCAUCAUGGGCACCUUCACUCUCUGCUGGUUGCCCUUCUUCCUAGCCAACGUGCUGCGCGUCCUCGGGGGCCCAUCUCUAGUCCCCAGCCCGGCAUUCCUCGCCCUUAACUGGCUCGGCUAUGCCAACUCCGCCUUCAAUCCGCUCAUCUACUGUCGUAGCCCGGACUUUCGCAGCGCCUUCCGCCGUCUUCUGUGCCGUCGCCGGCGGGAGGUGCCCCGCGCCGUUGCCGCCGCCGCCCCGGCCCGCGUCCCCUCGGGCGCCCCCGCAGCCCUGAGCAGCCCGGAGCAGGCCAGGCAGUGCCCGCCACUCGAUGAGGCUUCUUGGGGAGUUACUGCGUAGGCCUGAAGGACAAGCAGCA